AUGAAAUUAAAUUAUUUCUUAUUGAUAAAUUUUUUCGAUAUUUUUCUUUUAAUUCAUACAAAUGAACCAUUUUAUUUUGGUAUUAUUAAUCAUCAUACAGAAUGGUAUUUUCAUUGUCUACAAAAUUUUACAAAAAUAUUAAAUCCACCAUUAAAUAACCAACCAUUAAUCUCAUAUGAAUGUCCAUAUCCAUCAUUAACAAUGGAAAUUUUACCAUUAGAAAUUGAUUUUACAUUAUUAUGUCGUUUACAAUCACGUUUAAUAUGGAUUAUAAUUGAUCUAUAUCAAUAUAAUACAUUUUUAUGGUUAAUUAAUCGAAAUAAUAUUGAUAUAAAAAUAGAAUUAAAUAAUCAAAUUGAAAUAAAUAAUUCUACAAUUGAAUCAAAAAAUUAUACAAAUCGUUUCAUUUUAAUCGAUGCAUUUUAUAUUCCAUUUGAAUCAAUUGAUAUAUUAUUAAAUAAACAAAUUGAAAUAAAUAUUCAAAUAAAAAAUUUAAAUCAAUUAAAUCAAUGUAAAUUUUUUAUUCAAGAUAAAUAUCUAUGGAAAACAUUUAUCGAUAAUCAUUGUAAUUCAAUUCAAUCGAAAACACUUUUUGUUCAAUAUGCUAAAUGUGACUUUUAUUUAAAGAAAUCAAUACCUAUCGGUAUAAGUCUUCUUGAGAAUAAUACUUUUGAAACAACUACAAGUAAUAAUCUACUUGAUUUUAAUGUUAUUCUAUCUGUCGAUACAGAACAACUCACAACUCAACCUUAUAGUAUUGAACCAAAUAUAAGUUUUAUUUCAACAACAAAUUCAACGCCUUAUUAUAAUUAUAAUUUAUUAAUUGAAGAAAAUUAUCGUCAAAUAUUAACAUUAAUAACUCGUUCAACAACAAAUUCAACUCUAUUGAAAUUAACAUUUAUUUGUUUAAUAAUUAUUCUUAUACUAUUAAUUAUAUUUUUUAUUUAUAUGUUUUAUUAUCAUUAUUAUCUUCGACUAAAAUUAUCAUCAUCAAUUAGAAGAUCUUCAUCAUUAAUAUAA